AUGGCCGAAAACAAUUACCCAUGGCACCACGUUGCCAGCCUGUCGUUCUACACCAUCCGCACGCCGUUGGCCAUUGACACCGAGGCUUCAUUGAGUCUAAUUGUAGCUGCUAUGGAGACGUUUCAGGUUGUCGCCAGGAAAUACCAGACCUCUCUAAUGAAAGAAGCUAUUGACAUUAUUCGCAUAUUACUGUAUCCACAUCGCAAACGGCGCUCAGUAAAUGUCAGCAUCCUCAGCCAAGCUCUAACCGUGUCUCUAUCCACGAGCAAAACCUCUUCGGGCUCACCCUAUACUAGUCUCUGCGAUCAGCUCGACAAUGAGGAGUCAACAACAAUCAUGGGCUGUUUGGCUGACUUUCCAAACCUGCAAAACAUGAGAUUUGCAGAUAUGUUCCCCGGUCUGAUGUAA